GUCCUACUUAAUUCGAGUUGCACAUGCUUGGUCUUUUUAACAUUUUAAAAAAGUGAAAAAUGCCCAGACAAGGCCCUGAAUUAAAGUAGAAACAGUGUUUGUGAAGAGUAUUAAGCCAGGAAAAGCAAGAUUUAAUCGUUUCUAAGAGCCUGGCUAAUGCCGGAAAACGGAAAACACAAACCAACGAGAGGCGUGCAAUCAAUUCUAGAGUGAAAGAAUUCGGAUUUCUGUCGUCAUUUUCAUGGAAUAGGUGUUGCAAUCUUACGGGGAUUUCCAAGUAGCAGCGGAAAUGGAAGACUCCAGGCGGCAGAUCAUCAUGGGUCCACCGGCGGCAGUGACCUCCACUGGAAAUCCAUCCAAUUCUAAUACUACGAAUAAUGCCCCGACUCCACAAGUCACUAAAACUGCAGCUCCGCCCAAGCGGAUAAUUAAGAAAAUUCAGCUGGAUUUCAACAAACUCAAGGAAGCGGGACUCGAUAGGCAGCUCGCCGAGGUCCUGAGGAAGCAGAAACUGGAGGCCAGGAAGGUGGAAGCCCCAACAACCAGUAAACCUUCCCCCUCUGCCGCUGCGCAGUCGACGUCGGCGGCGGCAGAGAGCAAAUUGCAGCCGCCACAACAACAAUUGCGUCAGCCUGCACCGCAACCGUUAGUAAAACGCAUUAUGAUCUCGGAAUAUAUAGAAAAGACGGUGCCCAUUCAGCCGCUCCCUAAUCCCACGGAAGCCGAUCGAUCGAAGCAAGUCAAGGCGCUAUUAAAGAACAGGAUACUUAACAAGAACAUGACCACCACCGUGCAGCCUCAGCCGAAGCCGACAACCUCCAAGGCAGCAUCUUCUGCCCAGAGUUCAGCUCCUCGCAGUGCAGGAAUCCCGGCUAAUCCUGCUGCCUUCUCUGUGCCCAUUGCCAAGGCGGACUUGACUGUCCGCCCGAAGCAGCCACCGCUGCUGCUCAACCUGGUCAAUCAGCUGCCCAAACAUCGAGCCAUGUGCAAAUCGAGUAGCAAGCCGUUGAUGAAUCAGUCGACUACGAGUGAACCGCGUUCUGCUCACUUUUCAGUGCAGACAGUUAUCCAAAGUCCACAAAGGAUUCCAGUACAGCAGCAGGCACAAAUUUCCCCGCAAUUUCCACAACAUCAUGUGUUUCAGCCACCUCCACAAAUUCCAGUAGCUCCUGUAACUCAAGCAGUUCCUUCACUACCCACUCGACUCCACAAGAGUCCCUCACCACCUCUGAUUGUGCUGGAGAACAAGGUGUUGGCACCCAAUGAGAAGAUCGAUUUAAGUGGUCUACGUCUGCCAAAUCCGCCAGUGUCAGCCACUCUGAUUCAGGUGAAACCUGUGGAAGCCCCCGUUCAGUCUAAUCUACCAACGAAAGUGAUUAAAGGCAAAGUUAUCAUGAACGCCAACAAGUUCAAGGUAUCGCGGGAGAAGCUGGCCGAGAUGGCCAAGGAGAUUCGCAGUCAGGCGGAGCAGGUGAAAGUUCCUCCUUCACCGAAACCAGUUAAGGAUUUUGCUCCAACAAUUGAAACGCCUUUUACUAUUAACUCAAUACUUCAGCGAAAACACACGCCACUUUUUGCUCCACCAACUCUUGAAGGGAGUAGCGUUCCCGUACACAAUCCGAUUUUAAGUACAGAAUCAAAUAUUUAUUCAAAUGUAUUACCUGUGGGUAAUUUACCGCUGGAACCAAAGGAAUCUACAGAACCAAAGGAACUUCCUGAAGAGGAGACUACAAACUUUCCGGUUUCUCUUCCUACUCCCGAACCAAAAGAAUAUUAUGAAGAGUUGACCAACAAAACAAGCCCUCUGAAACAUCGAGAAUACGUUUCAUUAACACCGGAAACGGAAGGAGUGAACACAAUUGCAAACCCUCUUGAUUUCCCUGUAUAUAUUCCCUCUACUCCGGAACGGAAAGAAUCAGCCACGGUGGCAAAGUCAAGUCCUCUGAAGCUAGCCACUACUGAACCAAAAGAACAUGCUGAAAAAACGGCUCCUGUAUAUAUUCCUUUAACUCCGCAAGGAAGUGAAUUGAUAGAUGAGGUAACCACACAAUCAAAAGUUGUAGUUUUGCCCGAACCAGAAAACCUGCCUGAAGAACCCAGUUUUCUAGACUUGCCUGUCUGUAUUCCUUCGACUUAUGAAACGAAGGAGUUCCCUGAGGGAGAAUCCUCAGAGCCUAGCCAUCCUGACUUGCCUCCUUGUGUUUCAUCCACUUCAAAACCAGACGAAUUCUCGGAAAGGCUAAACAAGGAGUCAAGUUCUUCGGAGGUGACCACAUCACCAAAGCAGGCGGCACCAGUACAAAAAAUCCAAUCUGCAGUAGAUUUUAUAGCCCAACUGACGGCCGAAAAUCAUCUGGAUGAAAGCAGCUUUAUGGAACUUUCACCGGAGGAGCAAAGAUUGAACGCUCUUUUCGGAGGAGGCGGAUGUUCUUUUACUGGUGUGUCGCCGGUCAAAAAAUCUCCCCUUCCCGAGGACGAUUUGCCCAUUGGAAAGAUUGUGAAAAUGGACGAUAUGAGCAUUUUGCAUGCUACUUUAGAUGUUAACAGCGAUAGCACAAAUGUACUACGCAUCAGUCCAAAUGCGAUGAGGAUGCAAAGCAGCGUGGCCACAAUGGAUAUGUCAUUGGUGGAUGUGGAAGAUGUUGUAGAUUCAGUUGUGGAGGAGACAAAUGUACAGGUCAACUUAGAAAAUCCACACGAUGAGGUUGUAAAUGUAACAACAGAGGUUCAGGAAGCCAAUGCGGAAAUAGUUAAUCCUGAUUUAUCUACAACUUUGGGAGCGGAAGCUGAGAAGUCUGUAGAGCCUUUGGAAGAGAGCAAGCCUCUGUCAGAUCCUGAGCCUCUGAUAGAGACAAAGCCCGUUAAAAAGCCACCUAUUAGAUCCAAAAAAGCCAAGAUUAAUUUAGUGCAACGCACUAAAAGACCCAGCAUCCCAAAGCCAGUUGAAGCAAAGAAGACAAAGCUAGAAUUCGAAGAGGAAGACGAGCGAGCGAUGGCCACUGAUCACAGCUUGCUGGAGGAUCGAUACGGAGUCGCAGCAAUAGAGGUAAUAGUCAAUUCUGAUAGCCUGAGCUCAGACAAAGUAAAUCUUAAUUUAUCUAGUGUUAAAUACAAUCCUAAGGUGCCAGCAGAGGAGAAUCAGCGAGAAGAGGAAGUCAUCCAGUCCAGAGAGGAAGAAAAAAUCAAUUCAGUUCAAGAACAUUCUGCAAAAACCCUAAUCGAAGAAGAGAGAGUCGAAAAAUCUGUAAUAAAUCUUCAGGAAGAACAUGAAAUUCCAACAAAACCAUCGACAGAACGAGAUCUCACCCAAUUGUAUCAUCCUCCUAAAAUGCCCAAAAGUAAAACCAAUACGAAAAGCAGUAAUCAAGAUAACCCAGAGGAUUCACAGCCCGCCACAUCAAAAAGUAAUGUCUCCCUGAUAGAAAUCCUCUCACAGGAUCCACCUUUGCCCCAAGGCGAGGCUCAAUUGCCAUUUCGCAAGGAGUCUUUGGAAUUAAAUACUACAGCAAAUAUCUCAUCCGAAGUCACAGGAAUACAGAAUUUAAUUGGUCACUUGACUGCGGAAAAAGUGAUGCCACAAAUCAAGAAGCUAUCGCCAAUGCCAAAAACAGAAGAACCUUCUAAACAAAUACCCCGAAAAAAACUCGUAAAAACGCGACCUGUUCUCAGCAAGAGAUCCUCAAAAGUUGGCCAGAAAAAUCUACCAGAAAAGCCAAACCAUUUUGAAUUUCUCCAUCCGGUCAGUGCAAAUGUGGGUGGUCGCAUUCCCACUUCCAGCACAAGUGACGAUGAUGGUUCCAUAUUUUUGGGUUUCGACAACAAAGAAGAGAAGCGUUCUAAAACUCCGGUGAGAAGUAAGCGUGUCAAGCAAAUGAAGCUCAACGAAACGGACAUAAGUGAUGAUGCAACUCCCGAUUACGAUGAGACCGAGGAGGAGCAGCAGUCCACAGAGGUGGAUCCACCAGUGAAGAGUGCCGAGGUCGAUACUCAGUAUACUUUUAAGAAACAUACGGUUGUGGAAGCUUUUUCUGAUGAUUCUUGUAGCAGUAAUGGUGGGCCUACAAGUCCAAUGGAUUUCGGCGAUAACGUAUCAAUCGAUGAUAACAGAACUUCUGAAGAUUAUCCAAUAAGAAAGGAAACUACAUGGGAAGAACUAGUAAAUGAUAAAUCUACUGAGGGUGGUAAUGAUGUACAGGUCAGUGUUUCCCAGGAGCAACCGGAUUAUCCUUCAGAAACUCCAAUCGAAUCAGUUAAUCCUACGGUAGAUGGUCCAAACAUUGAUGAACCUCCCAAAUCUGAUAUAGAAACAAAUACUCCUGAAAAUUCCCUUGCGGAUGCUUCCAAUGAAAACAAAGAACCGAAAACUGUUACAGAACCUUUGAUAAACGAAAAUGAUUUAUCAGUUAUUGACAGUAAAUUGCGGAGAAGCAGGAGAAGAUCAACCAAAUCAAUAACAAUUGCAAUAGACCCUCCAAGUAAACCUACCACAAGCAAAGAUAGUUUGACGAAUAUUAGAGCCACUGAAAAACGACAGACGCGAAGUCGUUCAAAAACUCCAGCUUCCUCAGAAAAUGCAGAAUUAAAGCUAAUUCAGGAAGUGAUUAGUGAAUCCGAUAAUGUAAAUGUACCUAUAACGUCAACUGAAGCUUUGAAACCUUUGGAAAUUACAGAUUCAAAGAAAUCUAGGGGAAAACGAAAGUCGCGGUGUAGUACUAAAAAACCUGUAGAAACUGAGGCAAUCGAAGCUACCGAACUAAUUUCUGAAGAAAGUAAAGCAACAGAGGAAAGACUGGAAGAUAGCGUAGCUCCCGAGGUAACUCUGCCCUCAACGACAUCAGAGAACAUAGAUUUCAAAGAAAAUGAGACAGAAGAGAAAAACAUUGAAAGACCUGCUACAUCUGGAAAAUCAAGAGGAAAACGAAAAACUCCUAAAACUAAAGUCACUUCAACUGAAUCGGUAGCAAAUUCAGAACUCACUGAAGAGAGUAAAGAUUCUAAGAGAAAAGAGGAAGAAAUUAAAGCUACAGAAAAAACUCUUCCCGAUAUAAAAUCUUCUGAGAAAGAUUUACCUGUAACAACAACAGAAAGAACUAAUUUGAUGGACAAUUUGGAAGAUUCUAAAAGAGAAGAGGAAGAAAUUAAAGCUACAGAAAAAACUCUUCCCGAUAUAAAAUCCUCUGAGAAAGAUUUACCUGUAACAACAACAGAAAAAACAAAUUCAAUGGACAAUUUGGAACACCAAAAUUCGCUUCAGGAGCCAGAAACAUCCUUAAAAUCAAAAGGAAAACGAAAAUCCCGUAGCAGGACGCCAAAAACAAAAGAUCCACCUGUUACUCAACCUGAAGCUGUUGAAAAUCCCGAACUUGAUUCUGAGGAUACGAGUUCUAGGAAAGCAGAGAAUGACAAGCGACAAACUCGGAGCAAAACACCUAAACUGAUAGGUUCAACAGUAAUUGAACCUCCUAUAACAGAAAGUGAACCAUUGAAAGUCUCAGAGGAACCGAAAGAAGCUGAAAGUUCACUACGAUCAAGGGGAAAAAGACAAUCUCGUUAUAAUAAGGUCAAAUUUUCUGAACCUGAAAAGGUAAAAGAUACUGAUGUAGCUGUUGGUGAAGAUUUAGGGAAUACGAGCGCCGCAGUUAUUGAACCGGAGGAACCAAGUGAAAAUGUCAAUCCGGCAGAAAACCGAAAGUCUCGGAGUAAAUCACCAAAAAUAUUAGUUCCAACUGUUGUCCAAACUCCAGACGUUGCAGAUUCUGAGGAAACCUCUUUGAAUACUGAAUCACAGGAGAAGUUAAAUGAUUUUACAGCUUCCGAGGAACCAAAGCAAGCAAAACCUAAUAAAAAACGACAAUCUCGAAGUAGAACACCAAAAGUAUUAGUUCCACCAGUUACUCAAGACGAACCCGUUUCAACAACCGACUUAAGUCCAGAAGAAUCGCUGGAAGAGAUUAAACAAGAUCAAACUACAUUAGUUUCACCAACAGUAACUAAAAAGUCAAGAGGAAAAAGAUGUACUUCCAAAUCAAACUCACUAGCUGCUUCAGAAACUCAGCCCGCCAUGAUUUCUAUUCCAUUAGAAGAACCUCAGCCAUCAGAAUCAACUGAUUCUUUGGUUGCGCGGGCCAAACGGAAGACUCCAUCUCGUUACGGUACAGUUCCACCCACAGAAACACCCAUUCCUUUAGUUCAAGAAGCCGAAGAAUCUGCUCCCAAGAAAGGCAGAAGAAGUAUUGCUGCAGCUGCACCAGCUGAGGCAUCAACUCCAAAGUCACGUAAAUGCAGGCCCACGAAUUUCGAAGAGAUGAUUUCCCCAAUACCUGCAGAGCCAAAGGUGCCUUCGAAAAGGGGAAGAAAGCGCGCUGCUCCUUCUGAUUUGGAAUCAGAGUCAGCCAAAAAGUCGAAGACUGAGGGGGAUUCAGAAACAAUAUGCGUAGUUGACUUUAAUCUACGGCUGCUGCUCAUUAGAAAGCGCGAGCAGUUGGAAACGGAUGAAAAUCUAAUGGAAGACGGCAAAGGAGAUGGUCCACUGCAAUGUGGCUUGUGUUUGGCACGCUGCGAUAAGGACAACUGGCGUCGUCAUCUAGGAGAGCAUUACGGAGUGGGUUGGCCUGUGGGUGAAGCACCCAAGAAGAUAACGCGUGCUGGUGUGAUGACCAUGAUGAAGAACUAUCUCCAGAAUGGCACCGAAAAGCUAACGUGUCGUCUAUGUAGCCACCAAUUGGGAUCUUACCUGGGCAUGAUGCUUCAUUUGGAGGGUUGUGGCAACAAGCAGCGCAUCCUCUGCGAAUUCUGCCAGCGUUCUUAUACCAAACUCUCGCUACCCGUACACAUAAGAACCUGUCCAAAGCGCUUUGGGCCGUCCCAGAAUGAUGAAGAUGCGGAGCCAGCAGAAGCGAGUGUCAAUGAAACGGUUUACAGCAAUGCAGGGCGUGCCAAAAGGAAGUCUACCAUAAAAGCUGAAACCAAAUUAAAGAAAAUAGGAGAGGCACUAAUUUCGCAGAAGCCGGGCGACGAGACCUCCGCUAAAAACGAUUUCGAUGGCGAUUCCUCGGACUACGACAUGACCAAGGACAAGGAGUCGUCGGAGGAAUAUGAAUCGGAAGGUGUGGACUCCAACGAGGAGUCUUCGCUAAGCUCCGAGGAGGAGGGAAGUCUUGGUGAGACCUUUUCCACAACAAAGCAAAAGAAAUCAAACCGACGAGGAGACAUUGACAGAAAGAGGAAAUUAAAACGGUCAUCUAUACUUGGAGAGUGCCUGCAGAAGCCAUUACUCUCACGAUAUCACCACUUGGAAGCUAGAGCGACUCAUAAAUGGAACGAAUUUGUGCACCGCAAUUAUGAAACUGGUCCUUUGUUCAACCAACUGCUGCCGAGCUAUUCAAAGAUAUCUUCCCAGGAGGCUAAUGACUUGCUGCCCUCCAAGGAGACGGCAUCCAUGCGCUAUGCUUAUGGCGAAAUAAGCAAUGAAGACGACUGGAAGCAAUUGGCUCCAUUUGAGGGCUUCAACAAAGAAGGUGAAUAUGUGGGCUAUCUGGGGCACUCUAUUAAGCAACUCGCCUGGGUUCCACUACCACCGAAAGUUACGAAUCAGUAUUUACUGUGCUCCCUGCGUCCAAAGUUAAAAGCCUUUGCCAGACACACAAAAUUGAAGGAUGAAGAUGCCCUUUUAAUGUUGCUGAAAUGCACGGUUUCUUCUGGCAAACAUGAGAAGAAAUCAUGGGCCAUGCAACCUGAACUUCAAUAUGGAAUUCGUGUGCCCCAUGGACCAGUUCAUAGUUUCUGCUUUUUGCCCAGCGGUGGUUAUGACAAGUCAUCGAAUCGUUUGGGCCUUUUGGCUGUGGCGAAUUCCUUGAGUGAUGUCUGUAUUUAUGCGCUGCCCCUGGAGCUGCCAGAAGAUCAGAAGACAGACGAGAAUGUGGUCAUUCAACUGGAUUCCUUGAUUACACUCAGCUUGGAUGUGAACAAUCCUGUUCAGGAUCAAUGCACCAAAGUUGUGUGGUCGCAGUCUUUGGGUCACACAUUCUUGGCUACAGGCUACAGCAGUGGCUAUAUCGCCUUUUGGGACAUUGGCGAUAAUGACAACAUUAACUGUUUUAACCGGAAUAAUCAAGUCUAUUAUGUGCCUUUGAAUUUCUUUUACAUUGGCGAGCGAAAUAUCCAAUUCAUGGAACUUCAUUACGACAAUAAUGGACCACGUUGGCUUGCAGUUGGCACUUCCAUACGUCAAUUUAAAAUCUAUGAUAUUGCGAACUUGUCGAAACCUUAUAUACUGACCCAAGAUCCCAUCUGCACUCUAUAUAUUGCAAAUCUAACCUGGUCACCUAUUUGUGAAACUCUAGUCGUCAGCAGUUCACACUUUAAUCGCACAAUAGCAGUUAGUGUAUCGGGCAUACAGUUCGAGCACAGGACCCUCGAUGGAACUUUGACGACGACACGUGACAUGCACACGAAUUGUCAGCAAAAUCACAUGGUCUUUGUGACGGACAACGGUGACCUGGUGUUCCUGGACGUGCGAGAUCUCAACUGUGGUCCUGCGCUGCUAAAGUCAAUGGUCAACUUGCGGGCUGUAUCCACCACCGAGUUGCAUCAACUGGGCGGCACUACGCCCAAGGACAUGGAUUCCAUAGGCGCUGAUGAGUUUCUACGGGACUAUGGGGUGCAAAUCAAACCGCUGGUGCCUGCGCCCCACAAACGAAAGUCCGCAUAUUUGGACGCCAAGCGUCUACCGCAAAACUCACAUUUUCUGCCCCUCACUCGAUCCAAUUGCGUUCGUUGCAAUUGGAAUUCGCCCGCCCACACUUGGGUGGCUGUAGGGGCAGAACAUGGCCUGCUGCGAAUCCUCAGCUUCGAUCGAGACAAAUUCUUCUAAAGGAUCUCUCGAAG